AUGCACAACAGGUACUCUGACUGGAUGAGCUCUGCACGUGAUUGGGCCGUGGCACAGGCCUAUCCUGGUGAUCAACAAUGGGAUGGUGAGGACUUCUCACGGAUUAGAUUACACCAUCCCGUAUGGAUACCAGACAGGUAUUGGCUACAGAUGAUUGACACAGUCUGGGAUACCGAGKCUUGGAAAAGGAAAUCCAAGAUCAAUCGGGCCAAUCGGAACACCGAGUUUGAGGGGGUGUCGUCCAGACACACUAGGGGAUCGAUUAGUAUGACACAACAUCAAGACAGGAUGGCACAAGUAAUGGGUCGUAAGCCUACUGUUACUGAGGUGUUUGAGCGCACUCACUGCACGAACCGGAAGUUCGAUCAAGGUUCGUCCGAACCGCCUACCGAUCCUCCUCAGUUCAGUUACCCGAAAGCUGCUAGGGGUAAGUCACAAUCUAGUACCGACAGCCCUCUCCCUGAUGAGGCAUCUCUUUGGGAGCAAAGUGUCGGAGGACGGAGGAAAGGCCGAAUAUUUGGUUUCGGGACCACCCAGGACCCCUCUUAUGCUAUGACGGAUAGAUGUAACAGUAGCGGGUCAUCAUACGAGUCAAGAGCGGAGGUAACGGAGUUGAGAGAUAAGUUGUCAAGGGUAGAAGAGGAACUCGAGACCGAACGGAAGAAUAGGGCAGAUUUGGAGGCCAGACAAGCUGCCUCGGCAGCUGAACAGGCCAGACAAGUGACUGUUGCGGUGAUGCUGCAGCUUCAUUCUCUGAGUGCAUAA